AUGCCCUCGUGCUCUAUUAAAGAGUGUGGUGCAAGAAAAAACAAUAAUCAUCCUACAUUGACUCUUCACAGAUUGCCUGUAAAUGAAAUUUUGAAAAGAAAAUGGAUCAAUAUUAUUGGUUUGGAAAACAUAAACCCUCGACAUAAAAUGUGGUAUGUCUGCUCGAUGCACUUCCACGAAACAUCCUUCAACAGAACUCUCGGCGUGACGAGGUUACGUGACUGUGCAGUGCCCUUAUCUUCGCUACAGGCCAGUCAAAUCCUUCCAAAAACCAUGCUGGACUCACAACCUACUUCAAGUGCAAUGGUUCAACAAGAAAGUUCAACAAGUUCACAAAAAGAAAAAAAAAAGAUUCUCACAAAAAAGUGUGAUAUUCUACAAAGAAAAGUUAGGAGUUUAAAUGAAAAGGUCCGGAGACGUGAUCAAAAGAUUGCCCGAUGCUCUGAAAUCAUCAAGCAUCUUAAGGAAAAGAAAUUCAUCAACACCGAAGAGUCUCAUUUUGGAAGAAUGUGCAGAACCUGA